CAGCGACCCCCUCCUCUCCCCGAGCCUCCUCCUCUCCUGGCCGUCUCGAGCUGGCAGAGAGUCGUUAGACAUCAUCGAGAGCGAGAGAAAGCCUGAGAGCGAGAGAGCGAGAGACCGCGAUCACAGCCGGCUCGAUAGUCUAUGAGGACAAGGUGAAGGUCCAGCCAUGUCGGUGAUAUACAGUGAAGUUACGGUUGAGGAUGUCCCUAAUGACAGCUUUUGGAUGCCCAACAACUAUAGCACCACCGUGAAGCGGGUGGACGACGGCUACCGGCUCUGCGAUGAAAUUGUCGCCUGUUUCCAGGACAGAGCAAAGAUUGAGAAGCAGUACGCAGUGCAGAUGGAAGAAUGGACCCGCAAGUGGAAGCCUCUGGUAAACAGCAGUCCAAUGUAUGGAUCCCUCCUGCAUGCUUGGCAGGCAUUCAUGAGCGCCACAGAACGUCUCAGCGAGUUGCACACAGAGAUCCAGAAGUCGUUGUUAACCGACGACUCUGAAAAAAUCCGCAAGUGGCAGAGGGAGACGUAUCACCGCAAGCUGUUCGGGGGAUUUAAGGAAUCCAGCGAGAUAGAGAAUGGGUUCUGCAAGGCCCAAAAACCAUGGGCUAAGAAGUUAAAGAAGGUGGAGAAGACAAAGGCGGCCUACCACAAAGCCUGUAGGAAGGAGCACCUGGCCACCAUUCGAGAAAAUAAUGGCAAGAUAAACCCGGAACUUUCCCAGGAGAAACAGAAGAAGCUCACGGAAGACCACGAGAAAUAUAAACAGGAUAAAGAAAAGGUGAAACAGAGGUAUGAGAAGUCCCUGCAGGAACUGAAUAAGUAUAACCCCAAAUACAUGGAAGACAUGGAAUGCGUUUUUGACCAAAGCCAACAGAUGGAGCAGAAGAAGAUUCUCUUCCUAAAACAGGCCCUGCUAUCUGUGCAUAAACAUCUAGAUAUCACCAGAAACGAAGGCGUGCAAAUAGUGUAUAACGACCUGAGUCAGGCGAUAACGGCCGUCAACGACCAGGACGACUUGAAGUGGUGGAGAAACAAGCGUGGACCUGGAAUGUUGAUGAAUUGGCCGCAGCUGGAGGAGUGGAGUCCGGACACCGAGACACGGAUCGUGAAGAAGAAGAAAGUGAAGGAAACGGAAAAAGUUACGUUGUACAGCGUCACACCCACAGAAAGCAGCUUAAGCAAGCCACCAGUGAACGUGCCAGGAGUACGAGUACGAGCUGUAUAUGACUAUGUGGGUCAGGAAGCAGAUGAACUGAGCUUUAAAGCAGGUGAUGAGCUCACAAAGAUCGAAGACGAAGAUGACCAAGGCUGGUGUAAAGGGGUGACCGAUCGUGGACACGUAGGACUGUACCCGGCCAACUACGUCGAAGUGAUUUCUGGAUAAAACGUGGCUGCUGCGACCACGGCCGGCCGGAAUACGUCGCCCUCUUCACCGCGUGAAAUCUAACGGUCACCGCUAGAAGACACGACCCCCAGGAGACGCCACUAGCACGGACAAUCGUUUUUACGUUUACCGGAUUCCGUCAUUCUAUACAUUUUAAUGCACGGAUAUCUCAGGCGAUGACCCAGGACCUGGACAAUGAAAACAUCAGUAAUUGUAUGUUUGUUCUCUGGUGGGUCCUAGAGCAGUAUAUACAUCCACAAUACCCGAUUUACGUGUGCCUUAUCAGUUUUAAGCCCUUUGUUAUCACUUUCAUGCUUUUCUUAAAACCAAGUAUUGCCAGCCAUCACAAAAACAUUUUUUUUUACAUUUUUUUUGUUAUUGUUGAUGGAAUAAAAUCCUUAUUUUCAGUCUGUUUUACCCACA